AAAUUACCCGCUCAUUUAGAUGUAAAACAGAACUCUGAAUUAGUUUAACAAAAAUUCAUCAGCAAUGCAGGUUGAAGAACCUAUAGUCAAACCUAUGUUACCAUGGGUUGAAAAAUAGUAUGAACAGUUUGUAUAAUAUUAAAGUCGUCCAAACAAAAUAGAGGAUCUUGCAUAUUAAGAAGAAGUGGUUUAGAGUUUAUAAGGAGUCUUAAAAACUGGAAAUUUACCUCAUCUUUUAUUACAUGGUCCUCCAGGAACAGGGAAAACAUCCACAAUAAUAGCAUUAGCUAAGUAAUUAUUCGGACCAGAUUUUUGGAGAUUAAGAGUUUUAGAAUUAAAUGCUUCAGAUGAUAGAGGAAUAAAUGUUGUAAGAAAUAAAGUCAAAAAAUUUGCAGAAUAAAUAGUUGCUAAAAACCCAAACUCUGGAUUUAUAUGUCCAAAUUAUAAAAUAAUAAUACUUGAUGAAGCUGAUUCAAUGACCAAUGAUGCUUAAAGUGCUCUCAGAAGAAUUAUAGAAGAUUAUGCUUCAACAACUAGAUUUUGUAUUAUUUGUAAUUAUAUCACAAAAGUAAAUAAGUAAUAUCUAUUAGAUUAUUGAACCUUUGGUUUCAAGAUGUGUUAAAUAUCGAUUUAAAUCUAUUCCUGAAAAUGAAUAAAUAGAGCGACUGAAGCAUGUGGCUUAAUAAGAAUCAGUCUAAUAUAAUAUGGAAGCAUUAAAAUAAUUAGUACUUGUUUCAGGAGGUGAUCUUAGAAAAAGUGUGAAUAUGUUAUAAAGUUCAUCUACUUUAUAUGAGAAGAAUAUAAAUAAAAAAGCUAUCAAUGAAAUAUCAGGAGUAAAUCUAAAUAUAAUAUUAUAGUUCAUACCAGAUGAAUAGAUAGAUGAUCUAAUUUCUGUAAUUUAGACUAAUAGUCUUAGAAGUGUUCAAGCAGAGUGUACCAGAGUUAUUUAAUAAGGUUUCAAUAUAGAAUAGCUAGUAAUUUCUAUAAUUAAAAUAGAUUUUAUAAUUUUUGGAAGUUGUGCUAUAAUCAAAAGAAAUUAAAGAAAAACAUAAGGCUAAGAUUAUGGAAAUUGCAGCCAGCACUGAGAAAUGUUUGAUUGAAGGAUCAGCAGAGGAUUUAUAAAUAUUUAAUUUAAUGGCUUAGUGUUAACGUGUUAUAAAUGAAAAUUGAUUAAUUAAUUUUAUAUAUUCAUAAUGAUAGCUAAUCAUCCUGCUUAUCCAACCAAAGAAAUAGAUAAAUAUUAUUUACAAACUAAAUUACCUGAGUAAUUAAUAUUAUUGAUUUAGCUAUUAAACAGUUCCAACUAAUAAUUAUUAAAAGAAAACUCAUGAUUAUUAUAAUGAUAACACCCAUAUUUGGAACAAUCCUCAUCAAGCUAAAUCUAAUGCAAAAAUAUUUACUUAACUAAAAUAAUAAUAAUAAAGAGGAGAAAAAAGAAUUAAAAAAAUGCUUGACCUUUAGUAAUAAGAUAAAUAAGAAUUGUAGAAAAAUAAAAUUAUUUAUUAUAAUCUAGCUAGAGACGAAGAUUUAAAUAGGUUAUAAUAAAGAAAGUUAGAAAGAGGAAGUCUUUAAAAUCUAAGUUAAUAAUAAAAUGAUGUUUAAGUUGAAAAUAUUGUUUUAAAACCCAUCUAAUCAAAAACUGCACUUUUAGGUAGGCCAGAUCAUUUAUGGAAUAAAUUAAACCAGUAAUCUUAAAAAUAUAUUAAUCUUCUGAUUAAUCCUAAAAUUCUUAAAAUGGAAGAAUAAGGAGUUUAGUUUAUUACUGAAAAAAUUAAUAAAGAUAUUCAAAUUGAAUAGAUUAAAGAAGAUUUAAGACUUAAAAAUAUGGAUUUAAUAAAGUAAUAGAGUACUCGUCGCAGAAUACUUAAUCUUGAAUUAGAAUAAAGAAGUGGAAUAUCUCCUUCAAGAUAAAGCAUAUAGAGAGGAGCAACAGAAUAAAGAAGAUUAUCUAAAGAUGUUAUUGAAUAGACUCUCUAAUAAUUGGAUAAACAUUAAUAAUCAUAAACUUUAUAACAAUUUCAUAAUUAAAUUUAAACAUCCACUCAAAAAAAUCUUACUAGCAGACCCUAUACAGUUGGAAGUGUACUCAAUUAGGAUUUCAAUUCUAUUUCAUUUAAUACUGGUUAAACUAUAAAAAAUGAGUAAAAUUAAGUCCCUUUGUUGAAAAAACCUUAGCCUUCUUCUUAAUUAAUGUUAAGUAGGUAUUCCUAAAUUUAUAUAUUAGUUAAAAGUCUAAAUCUACUUCUACAUUAAAUCAUAAACAUCCCUUAGAUAGAACUGAAUAUAAGGGUUUGUUAUUAUGUUAAGCUGUUGAGUAAGCAGAAAGUAAUUUCAGUAGAACUUUAUAAGCCAAUAGUUCCUUAUUAAAAGAAGCUUCAAUUUAUUUGA